AUGGGUGAUGAAUUGUAUAAACUGGCACAUGACUUGUUCGCACCUGUCAAGGUGUCUACACUCAAGAGUGAGGACAUCAUUGAGAAAUUAACACAGCAUUUGAACCCUCCUCCGAGCAUCAUUAUUGCUAGAUGUAACUUCAAUCGAUUGUCACAAAGGCCUGAUGAGACAGUCAAUGAAUAUGUUGCUAAGUUACGACGCAUAGCAGAAGACUGCAGUUAUGGUGAGAAUCUGAACAUGUGGCUGCGAGAUCGUUUUGUGGCAGGUGUGCACAGUGAAGUGAUACGUCGGCAACUGUUACAGGAGGAUGCUAAGAUGACCUUCGACAAGGCCUACCAACUUGCCGUUGGAAUGGAAACUGCCACCAAGGAGGCAAAGAGUCUGCAGCAAGGUCAAGGACAUGCAGUGAAUAAGAUGAUACAUAACAAGGGCAAUAAAGGCCGUGGAUUCAAGAGGGACCAGAUGGAUAAGAAGCCAGUGGAUGGUACAGGUCCAGCACUACUGGGUCGAGACUGGCUACAGCAUAUGAUGUCAUGGCAACACAUGUUCACGAACAGUAUUGCUAAUUCCUCGCAGAAGGAGGAUGUCACCGAGAUAUUGAAUGAAUAUCAGGAAGUCUUUGAUGAAGGACUUGGACAUUUGAAGGACUUUAAAGUCAGAUUGUCAGUACAAGACAAUGCUGUUCCGGUGUUCUGUAAGGUCAGGAAUGUACCUUUAGCUCUACGCCAGAAGGUAGAUGCAGAAAUUGAUAGGAUGGAGUCCGAAGACAUCAUAAGGAAGGUUAGGUUCUCACAGUGGGCUACUCCUGUGGUUCCAGUGGUUAAACCAUCAGGCGAGGUUCGUCUCUGUGGAGAUUAUAAAUCAACUGUGAAUCUGUUCUCCAAAACGGACAUCCACCCGAUUCCUAAAGUGGAUGAACUGUUGGCAAAUCUGAGUGGUGGUGAAGAAUUUACAAAGCUAGAUCUUCGUCAUGCGUACCUACAGUUGGAACUUGACGAACCAUCAAAAGGGCUGACAACCAUAAAUACAACAAAGGGUUUGUAUCAAUUCAACAGAUUGCCAUAUGGUGUAAGUGCAGCACCUGCAGUGUUCCAACGAACAAUAGAGAUGGUGUUGAAAGGAUUGAUAGGACUUGUAAUUUUCAUGGAUGACAUAUGCAUAACAGGCAGAACCCAUACUGAACACAAGAGGAACUUGAAAGCAGUUCUCAAAGCUCUCAGGAGUGCAGGACUUAAACUUCGAUUGGACAAGUGCAAGUUUUUCCGCAGCAAGGUUGAAUUCCUUGGCUUCACGGUUGAUAAGGAUGGUAUUCACCCUACACCUAGCAAGGUUUCUGCGAUCAAAGAUGCUCCAGCACCUAAAGAGGUGAAUGAGCUGCGUUCUUACUUAGGAAUGUUAAAUCACUAUUCCGAGUUCUUGCCGAACAUGGCUACUAAGUGUGCACCAUUAUAUGAUCUGUUGAAGAAGACUGCCACAUGGAAAUGGACGCAGGUUGAGCAGCAAGCAUUUGAAGUUUCCAAGUCUGAUCUCACAAGUGAUAGUCUUCUCAUACACUAUGACAGUGAUAAGGAGAUAGUUGUAUCAUGUGAUGCAUCUCCUUAUGGCAUAGGAUGUGUACUUCAGCACCGAACGGAGGAAGGGGAAAAACCUGUCGCUUUUGCAUCACGCAAGCUCAAUUCCGCAGAGAAAAACUAUUCUCAACUGGAAAAAGAGGCAUUGGCCCUUAUCUUCGUGGUCACUAAGUUCCGACAAUACCUACUUGGAAGACAAUUCACUCUGAUUACGGAUCAUAAGCCAUUGAUUCACCUGUUCUCUCCAUCCAAAGAAACUCCUGUGAUGGCUGCAUCUCGGAUCAAGAGAUCGUCUCUGAAACUUGCUACAUUCCAAUACAAUAUUGAAUAUAGGACUUCCAAACAAAAUGCCAAUGCAGAUCUGCUUUCACGAUUGCCUUUGUCAUUGAUGGAAGAUUCCACGGAAUCUGACACAGAACUAGUUCUACUCCUAUCACAAGUUGAUGAGGAUUUGCCCAUAACUGCACAAGCCGUUGCCAGGGCAACAGAUAAUGACAAGUUGCUUCAUCAAGUACAACAACUCACACUUGAAGGUUGGCCUGAGGAGCCUGAUCAUGUAUCACAAGAAUUAAAGCCGUUCUAUCAACGUCGAUUGGAGCUGACAGUUGAACAAGGUGUUGUGAUGUGGGGAACAAGAGUGUUGAUUCCUACUAUUUAUAGGGAAGCCCUAUUGAAUGAGUUACACAACGAACAUUCCGGAAUGGUUCAUAUGAAGUCAGUUGUGAGAGGUAUCAUCUGGUGGCCCUACUUGGACCGUGAUAUUGAGAAUCUGGUCAGGGGAUGUUUAGAUUGUCAGGAGGAAGCCAAUCAUCCAGUAUCAGUCGUGCCUACCCCUUGGAAGUGGCCAUCAUCUCCUUGGACUAGACUGCACAUAGACUUUGCAGGUCCUUUCAUUGGACACUCAUUUCUCGUAAUUGUGGACGCUCACUCCAAAUGGUUGGAAAUAUAUCAGAUGAGGUCUACCACUGCUACGAUCACGAUCAAGCAUCUUCGCCGAUUGUUUGCUACAUUUGGACUGCCACUCCAUAUUGUUUCUGACAACGGAACCCAAUUCACAUGCCAGGAGUUCCAAACAUUCUUGCGUCGCAACAAAAUACGACACACCACAACUGCACCUGCCCAUCCGGCAACAAACGGACAGGCAGAAAGAGCAGUAGCAUCUUUCAAACAAGCCAUGAAGAAAAUGAAGAAUCAGGAUGGUGACAUUGGAGAUAAGUUACUGAGAUUUCUAUUUUCUUAUCGCACCACUCCUCACUCGUCAACAGGAAAAACACCUGCAGAGUUACUCAUGAAACGUACCUUGAGGACUCGACUCUCCGCACUCCGGCCAGCAAUGGAGAAUGAUAUGUCUGUGAAGGAAGAUCCUCACGACAAUGCGCCCAGAUACUUUGAUGUAGGACAAGCUGUAUUUGUCCGUAACUAUGGUGUUUACGGUGCUAGAUGGUUAAUUGGCACUAUAGUUGAAAGACUAGGGGACAGAAACUACCAGGUUUCUGUAGGAAGUCAAGUGUGGAAAAGACAUGUAGACCAAAUCAGGUCGAGAGACAUAACUACAGGAUGUAGAUUGCCUCUCGAUCCAUUCAUUCCGCACAUUCCGGAUCACGAUAUUUCUCAACGAGGAAGGUCAGAGAGCAUGUUAUCCAGCAACCAGCCAAAGCAGGCAGAGAGCAACCUAGCACCACCUCUAACAGUUGUUCAGGGGAAGAGUUUGACUGCACCAUGUGGGAAGCCAGCUGCGACACCAGCUGCUGUUGAAGAACCCCGUCGCAACCCUCCCAGAGAUCGGAGAAGACCAGCCCGAUUCAGUGACGUGUAA